AAUUUACUAUCGCUCAACUGUUGGAACAAAUGAUUGAUUUAAGAUAUAAUAGAUAUCAUUUAACUUUUAUUAGUCAUUUGUUCUAAUAAUUUUCCCACAGCCAGACUAUUCAAAUUUUUGCAACCACAAAACCAGUGGGGGAAUUGGUUACAUAUUGAAACCUCUCACCGACUCACUGGGCUUAAAGCUCAAUACUUACGAGCUUUGUUUCUACUUUCUGUUCAAUUUGAAUUUAAUUCCAUUCAAUUGUUUGUUUAUUUACUGACCAAAAGGGACACUUCUCCUGGGAGUAGAUUGCAUUUCAGCUUUUCUUGAUAACACAUCUACAGAAGGUAUGGCACACUACAAAGGUGCAGCCAGCGAGGCUGGCCGAGCGAUGCAGCUCUUGAAAAAGAGGGAACAAGCGCAGAUGGAGAUAGAAUUCAGGAAGAAGAAGAUAGAAGAAGAUCUCAAGAUAUCAAAUAUUGAGAAUAAAUUUGCAGCUCAUUAUGAUGCCGUUGAGCAACAGCUAAAAACAUCAACUAUCGGACUUGUCACCCUUGAUGAGAUGAAGGCGAAACAGGAGAAUAUCGUAAAGGAAAGAGAGAGAAAACUUGCUCAAAAACAGGCUGAAAAGGAACAGGAACAACUAAGGCAGUUACAGGAAAAACAAGCAGAAAAGAAUCGUCAGAAGAAACAGAUCCUUGCACUUUCGUUCUCAUUGGAUGAAGAUGCCAAUGAAGAUGAAGAAGAGGAAGAAAAGCCUGUAAUCAAGAAAGAAAAAUCAGACAUCACCGAUGAAAUUCCAUCUAAAAGGAUACGAAAGAACCCAGAUGUAGACACGAGCUUUCUUCCAGAUAGAGAGCGAGAGGAACAAGAGACUAGAUUGAGGGAAGAACUAAGACAGGAAUGGGCAGCAAAACAGAGUUCAUUGAAAGAAGAGGACAUUGAAAUAACUUUCAGCUAUUGGGAUGGCUCAGGGCACAGAAGAACUGUUAGAAUGAAGAAAGGAAAUUCAAUAUACCAGUUUCUUCAGAGGUGCUUAGAAUCUCUGAGGAGAGAGUUUUCUGAAUUGAAGGGAGUUACAGCUGAUCAGCUUAUGUAUGUCAAAGAAGAUCUUAUUCUGCCACAACACUAUACUUUUUACGAUUUUAUUGUCACAAAGGCCAGGGGGAAAAGUGGUCCGUUGUUUAUGUUUGAUGCUCAUGAUGAUAUUAGGAUGGUGAGCGAUGCCAGUGUUGAAAAAGAAGAUUCACAUGCUGGAAAAGUUCUGCUAAGAUCUUGGUAUGAACGGAACAAACAUAUAUUUCCUGCCAGUCGCUGGGAACCAUUUGAUCCGACAAAAUCUUAUGAUAAAUAUACAAUAAAAGAUAAAAAGAAAUAAAAUAAGCUGUAAUAUUGUAUUAUAGGAAGGUUAUAUUUUGUAUAAUUGUACAUUAGUUGUUCAUAAACAACCAAAUAUUUGAAAAUCUUGGUAAAAUUAUGUUUCGUCUCAUGUAAAGCCUGUCUAAUAUAUCUUACGAACUAUGA